GUAUCUAGAAGCAUUUUACGUUAAGUUUCCAAACGAACAACAAGGCAAAAUAAAGCAAGUCAAAAAAUAUGUAUCGUGCUAAUAUUAAUCAAAUAAAUACUGGACAAGUAGACAUUUCUGAAUGCUUUUAUCAACGACGGCCGGUUUACCGAUACCAUGAAACUGACAGAUAUUCUAGGAAUGUGCAGAUGACGGAGUGUAGGAACUUUCUGCUGCAGUUGGGACUGAGACAAUACUGUGUCAAUCAACUGACAAUGGAGUUGAUGCAGCGACCCGACAUUGAUCUGUUGCAGAUACGGGACAAUUGGAAUCGUGUCAAGCAGAUGAUGGGACCACAACGAAAAAGCGAAGCGGAUACUAUCGUAUUGCGUGAGAUACAACAGUUGCUGCAAGAACGUCAGAAUAACACACAUAAGAGAGAUAGAUCACCGUCUCCCCCACGUGAGAUAAGAACUUCAACUCCAACUUACGCCAACAGGGGUAAUUUUGGUUGUGGCGAUUUUGAUCGACCCAAUAUGCAAAACCAAUCUCCCAGGGCGCAGCCGCCGGGUAACUUUUGCAGUCCUUAUAUUGAACCGCAAUAUCGCGAGGAGGACGCUUACAAUAUACACGAAGAUCCUCGUGAUUUACCCCAUCAUCAAGCCAUCCGUUACGAUGAUAGCGACGAUAAUAGGAUCGAUGACAAUUGCAAUCGUUAUCCGCAGCAGGAACAGCUCGGCAAAAAUUAUAAUCCUCUUUUGCAGCAGGAACAGUUCAAUUACAACUGCGAUCCUUCUUAUCCGCAGCAGGAACAGUUACAGCGAGCUAUGUGCAAUUAUCGUGAGGAAACUCCUCAACCCUUUCCCCUUCGAGAAAAUAACCGAAACUACGAUACAAAUGACAACUACGAUACACAUCCGAGGGAAAUCCCAAGAGAGCAACACCUCUAUCGGGAAAACAAUUACGAUGCAUAUCCGAGGGAGCGUUUACGAGAUCAACAGAACCAUGAAAAUGAAUUCCAUAGCAGAAACUACAAUAAUUCAUUUCCAAGAGAUCAUCUGAGGGAUCAGCAGAGCUAUCGGGAAGAUAGUGGUAACUUGACCAGGCAACAAAUAAACUUUUACGAUGACCGCGGAAAUAAAAAUCAUAACCACAAUUAUCAGCCAUACUCACAUGAGCAAAGGCAACAACAGUUUCCACGUAAUGACAAUUAUCGAUAUGAGAGAAGUAAUCAAGGAAAAGAGUCCCAAGAGCCCAAGAGACGCCGUUUAGAAGAGCUACCGAGGCAAAGGGAAUUUCGCAUCAGUGAAUUCGUAAUGCCCUACAUAAAAUACAGAAAAGAUCCGUUGCCACAACCGGAGCGCAUUUCCUAUGCCAUCGGUUUUUAUCAACGUCGGCGUACUUUUCCAGCCGGUGGCAUGAAAGAAACAGAAAAUCAAGGGAAUGAACCCUUGGAACCCUAUGUUGCGCCUUUUAAUCCUCAUCGCCAAACAUAUAAGAAAAUACGUCGAACUAUACGCGCCGCUUGGAAGGAUGUUUAUGUCACCCAAGAGUAUUCGAAGUGGGAUCUCUGGUGGAGGGGCCACAAGUGGUGUGGCGAUGCCAUUGAGAAUGAGCUUGGACGCUAUGCAGACGUUAAUUUUAAUGAAAUGUCAUUUCUGGUCAAUAAGCUUUAUUAUGGAAAACGCAAAGAUGCAGUUGACAAAUUAUUUCGCAUGAUACAUUUUGCAUUCAGCGAUAGUAACGAUAUUCAUGCCACGCUUUCGACCAUAUGUGAACUGAUGAAUCUACAGUUCCUAACGAACUUAAAGACCUCGGAGAUGGGACAACUACAGGAUCUGAUACGAUAUGUGCCCAAUGAAUCGUGGGUUUACAAAAUGAAGGCAUUUGUGUAUUUGUGGGCUCGCUACAGUUCCAUACAAUGUUUCGUUGAUCCAACAUUACCAACCGAAGACAAGGAGGUGUUGGCCACAAAAAACCAGUGGAAUCGUCCGAUGUUCCAUUGGGUGGCCCGAGAGGCUUUCGCUGAACUCAAAAGGAUCAGUGCUAUUGAGUGGCCAGAACAUAAGAAAACCUUUCGCGAGAAUUAAUUGAAUUGUAUAUGCAUUAAUUAAUAAAGAUGAAUACCAAUUUAUUGCGCUAAACC